CAUUUUGUUAAUUGUCAUGUAUGGUUAACUGUCAAUCAGUAUGUAUCGCCUUCUACCUACCGAACCCUAAUUUUUCAUCUCUAAAUAAACUUCACUGCACUCUGAACAUGCAUAUACAACACAUAUAUAUGUAUAGAAUCUAGUUUUGAGAAGCAAAAACAAAUUUUAAACAAAACAUAGUUUUAUUUGAAUAUCCUAAAAGUUAAAAUGAAUUAAAAAAAAAUAUUUGGAGGUGCGACCAACUUCAUUUCGGCUGGGAUUCAAGACUCAGCUCCUGUGAUUCAUGAUCCAAUACGCGAAUCAUUGUCUAAGAGGGAAGCAUGCCCGGACGGAACAGUUCCUAUACAAAGAACAACGAAGGAUGAUUUGGUAAGGGCCAAAAACAUUUCCAAUCAAAUGUUUCGCAACAACGGCUGCCAUAAUCCUCUUCCUCCUAACAUUCAUCAAGUAUUCGUGAAAUUGUGGUACAUACCACGUGUUAGAUACUCUGGAGUUUGGGGAUUCGGGUCCGUAUUCCAACCAGCCUUGCUCUCACCAGACCAAUCUUCCGCCGGCAAUGUUUUUGUCAAAAGGGGUCCGCCUAAGGAAAUCAAUGCGAUAAAUGCUGGUGGAUGGUUUCACCCUCAAUAAGUGGCGAUAACCUGACUCGAUUGUAUACAUAUUGGACUGUAAAUAAUGGUAAUAUAGGAUGCUUUAACUUGCUCUGCGCAGGAUUUGUACAAGUCGACCAAACAGUUUAUCCAGGCAUCCGUUUAGCACCAGUGUCUAUUGUUGGUGGGAAAACGUAUGAAACGAAAUUCACUAUAUACCAGGAUCCCCACUCACAAAAUUGGUGGUUUACAUUAUCAGACAAGAACAUUACAGUCGGGUAUUGGCCAAAGGAAAUAUUUACAAAUUUACGUAAUGGGGCUGAUGAAGUUGGGUGGGGAGGAACUGCCAUGUCCGGAAACACGCUGAGCCCCCCAGUCGGCAGUGGUCGAUACCCAGAUGAGAACAUAAGUCAUGCAGCAUAUUUCAGAAGCCUGCAUUACAUGAGGGCUUGGCUUAAAGAACUUACUCCAACACCGACUGAUCCUGUGCGUGAGUAUAUAGGACCAUCUGGCUGUUAUGGCAUACAAAAUGACAAGGAUACUGGAUCCGCGUAUUGGGGUUGUAGAUUUACCUACGGAGGACCAGGUUGUGAUUGUGGGCACUAGAAAAUAACUUUUGCUACAAAUGUAUGAAGAGAGUUUGAAAGAAGGACAAUAUCAUAUCCAAUUUAACUUUUAAUAAUUGAAUGCGUAUUGAAUAUCACGUUUAAGUUC